GUGAUCAAAUGACGAACGGUAAAAUUGUACGAGUCGCUCGUUUCCGUCUUGCCGUCGCCUGUUAGCCAUUGUCGCCUCUGUACACCGGGUCGUCUUGGUUUGAUUGGAUUCAACAGAGUUGCUAACGCUUGUUAAAUAUAUUUUAUAAAAUAUAUAAACGCAAAAAAGCACAAAAUAUUUGAUAACAUAUUUUUCUUUUUUGUGAAUUUAUAAAAGUUUAUAAACGCUGUACUAUCAUGUACACCAACGGUUAUGGAAAUCCACAAACCUCACCUAGGCAAAACAGUAAUUAUGGCAACAGGAAUAAUAUGAUGGGUGGUACUUAUUGGAAUAGCCAACAACAACAACAAUUGGCUAAUAAUUAUAAAGCCAAUAAAAAUAAUCCAAAUCAAUUAAAAAAAUGUCCUGGUGAUUUAUUAAAAAAACCAUCAUGGGAUAUGACAGCAUUACCAGCAAUUGCUAAAAAUUUAUAUGUACCACAUCCAAAUGUUAGUGCACGUAAUGCAAAUGACGUAGCACAAUAUCUUGCUGGAAAAGAAAUAACAGUUAAAGGAAAUAAUUUACCAUUUCCAAUUCAAACAUUUGAAGAAAGUAAUUUUCCUGAUUAUGUUAUGGCUGAAAUAUGUAAACAAGGCUUUCAAGAACCAACAGCAAUUCAAGCACAAGGAUGGCCAAUUGCAUUAAGUGGACGUGAUAUGGUUGGUAUUGCACAAACUGGAUCUGGAAAAACACUUGCUUAUAUAUUACCAGCAACAGUGCAUAUUAAUAAUCAACCACGUCUUGCUCGUGGUGAAGGACCAAUUGUUCUUGUAUUAGCACCAACACGUGAAUUAGCACAACAAAUACAAUCAGUUGCACGUGAUUUUGGUUCAUCAUCAUGUAUACGUAAUACAUGUAUAUUUGGUGGUUCACCAAAAGGACCACAAGCACGUGAUCUUGAUCGUGGUGUUGAAAUAUGUAUUGCAACACCUGGUAGACUUAUUGAUUUUCUUGAAAAAGGUACAACAAAUUUACGUAGAUGUACAUAUUUAGUACUUGAUGAAGCUGAUCGUAUGUUAGAUAUGGGUUUUGAGCCACAAAUUAGAAAAAUCAUUGAACAAAUUAGACCAGAUAGACAAGUACUUAUGUGGUCAGCAACAUGGCCAAAAGAAGUACAAGCACUUGCUGAAGAUUUUUUAACUGAUUAUAUACAAAUUAAUAUUGGCUCAUUAACACUUGCUGCAAAUCAUAAUAUACGUCAAAUAAUUGAAGUAUGUCAAGAGCAUGAAAAAGAAGGUAAAUUAUCUGUAUUAUUACGUGAAUUACGUUGUGAAAGAGGUAAUAAAACAAUUGUAUUUGUUGAAACUAAAAAAAAAGUUGAUGAUAUUACAAAAGCAAUACAACGUGAAGGUUGGUCUGCAUUAGCAAUACAUGGUGAUAAAUCACAACAAGAACGUGAUAAUGUAUUAUCAGAAUUUAGAAAUGGUAAAACAACAAUUUUAGUUGCAACAGAUGUUGCUGCACGUGGUCUUGAUGUUGAAGAUGUUAAAUAUGUUAUUAAUUAUGAUUAUCCAAAUAGUUCAGAAGAUUAUAUACAUAGAAUUGGUAGAACUGGACGUUGUCAAGCAGCUGGUACAGCAUAUGCAUAUUUUACACUUAAUAAUGCACGUCAAGCUAAAGAAUUAAUGUCUGUACUUGAAGAAGCUGGACAAGUUGUUAAUCCACAAUUAAUUGAAUUGGCUAAUUCACAACGUGGACAAUUUGGUAAAGGACGUCAAAGAUGGAAUACAGUUAGACCAGGUAGUAAAGAUAAUUCAAUGAGUUCAAGUCCACGUAAUAAUGCAAGUCCAACUGGUGCAAAUACAUGGCAAAAUAAUCAACAAUAUCAACAACAAAAUUAUCAUCAAAAUCAAAUGUCAGAACGUCAACCAAUGCAAAGACAACAACAAAAUAAUUAUAUGAUGAAUGGACAAUUACAACGUUCAUAUAAUUAUCAAAAUGGUUAUCAACAACAACAACAACAAGUACAAGCAGCACAACAACAACAACGUCCAACAAAUGGUGCUUAUCAACAAAAUAAUUAUCAUCAAUCAGCAAAUGGUAAUCCAAAUUAUCAAGCAUCACAAGGAGGACCAAGAUAUCAAUCACGUCCAACUGGUGGUUAUCAAGGACGUAAUAUGAAUCAAGCACCAAGACAACAACAAAAUGGUGGUUAUUUAACAGCUGCUGUUGCUGCUGCUACACAAAAUCCACAAGGAUUAUAUUCAUUACCACCACCAUUUAUAAUGCCAUCAGCACAACAUACUAAAUCUGGUCCACCAAGUCUUAUUAAUAGUACUGUUAGUGAAACAGCUUACAAUCAAAGAGCACUUGGACCACAACAGCUACCAACUUGUGCAUAUCAAACUGGAUAUACUAAUUAUCAAGCUGUUGCACCAUAUGCAUACCAAUAUCCACCAACGCCAGUUCAACAAUAAUUUUUCAAUAUCUCUACAAGGUAAUUAUAUAAUUCAUAAAUUUUUUGACAUAAUUCAUGGAAAGAAUAUAUUAUCAUUUGUGAGUCUAUUCCAUUUUGUCGAAAAUUUAUCAAUUUUUUUUUCCUCUUAUUCAACAAAAAACAAAAAAAAAAAAAAAAAACUAUAUACACAACUAUGUGUUUAUCAUAAUAAUUUCAUUAUAAUUAUUAUUUUUUUUUUCUGAUUCAAUUCUUAAACUUUAAUCUAUUCGUAUUGUUAUUAUUAGAAGAAAAAAAAAUAAUUAUAUAAUAAUUUCACGGUAAAUUUAAAUAUUUGCAUGUAUUGGAAAUGUCUUAUUGUUAUUAAUUUAAUUUACAAAUCUCAUGUCCAAUAUUUUUUUAUAUUUUUCAUUUUUAUUGUGAAAUUUUUUAUAUAAAAUUUUUUUUCUCCUUUUUUUUUUUUUUUUCAUAAUUUUUUUUUUUUUUUUUUUUUUUUUUUUUUUUAAUAUUAUAUUUUUUUUUAUGUUGAUAUCGUUGUAAUUUUGCUUAUAUAUAUACUGGAAUGGUGCGUCAUUUUUAAACAAAAAAAAAAAAAAGAAGAAUUUAAAUAAAACCAGUGGUUUAAAAUAAAUAUUGUUAAUCAAUUGAUUUAUUGAUUACUUGAAUUUUUUGAUAUGUCGUAAAAAUUUAAUAAUAUUUAAUGAAAAAAAAAUGCGCCGAUAUUUAAAGGCACAUUCCAGUCGAGUAUUUUGACAUAAAAAAAAAAACAAAUAAAAUAGUUGAUAGCUCGAUAAUACGGUAUUACGUGAAAAAAAUAAAAAAUUGAAAAUUAAAAUAAUUAAAUAUAUAAUAUUAAUAAUCAACCACAAUUAUAUAGUUACAAGUGGUAUUCUUUAUGUCUAAUAUCAAUUAUUAAUUAAAAUAUUAAUAAUAAAUAAAAAGUAUAAUUAGUAAUCUCUUUUUGAAAAACAAAUUUAAAUAAAAAAAAAUGUAAAAUUUUAUCUGUAUCUUUUGGAAAUGCACGAAACAUAUAGAAGGGGGGUGGGUUAGAGAUAUAAACCGAUAAUUUAUGAUUUAAUUUAAUCGAAUUAUUAAUGAAAUUUAAUAAACAAAUUAAAAAAAAAAACAAAUCUACAUAAAUAUUUGUGAAGAAUAAUGCCAUUUGCAUACAAAAAAAGAAGAAAAAAAAAAAGUGUCUCAACUAUGAUUAUAUAAAGUGAAUAUUGAUAAAUUAAUAAACAAUGAGAGAAAAAAAAAAAAAAAUAAAAAAACAAAAUAAAGAGAAUUAACAAAUGCCUUUUGCACAAAUAAAAAAAAGGGGGGAAAAAGAAAAUAAUUAACCCUUACGACUAAUUUAAAAAAAAGAAAAAAAAAAAAAGACAAUUAAACUUUUACCAGUGAGUUUAAUAAAAUAUUAAGUGUAUCACAGUUAAUAUCAAGUAUAAUAAUAAUAGUUUUUUUUUUUUUCAAAAUCGUAAGGGAUAAUAAAUUAAACUAAAAAAAAAAAAAAAACGGACGCGUAGUCCCAAUCGUGGCUGUGCUUACCUUAUUUUUGUAUGGAAAAAAUAAAUAAAUAAAAAAAAUAAAUAAAUAAUAAUUAAAUACGUAAGAGUUAACAAUACAAAUGAUGGUUCUUCAUUGACGUUUAAUACUUCGGGCAAUAAUGAAGAAAAUUAAUAAAUAAAAUAUUUAAUUAUUCAAAUAUAUUUUAUUGCAAAUGUUCACAACUGAUUAAUAAUUGCACGCCGGCGUUGCAUUAAACUGUGGCCCAAUUAUUUACAAUUUAUUAAUUAACAAUUUAAAUAUAUAUAUUAAAAAUAUAUAUUAUUAAAAAAAAAUAAAAUUCUAUUUUUGUUUAUUCGUUUAUAUAAAUAAUAGUUAUUAUUAUUUUUUUAUUUUGAAAAAUAAAAUAAAAAAACCGUCAAGACUGAUGAAUUCAUCGUUUGAGUUGAACUUGAAACGUAUUUGUACUGAUGACUCUUAGGUUGUUUAUUAAUUCUCUCUUUGUUUGUUUUUUUUUUUUUUUUUUUUUUUAAAUAAAUAAUUAACUGAAUUGAUAUAAGAUUUAUUUAAAAAAUAUUGUCAACUUAUGUCAGUUAUGAUGAUGAUGUUAUCUAUGAGACUAAGCGUCAUGUGCGCAAAUUUUUUUUUUUUUUUUCUUUCUACCUUUUUUUGUGAUGACAAAAGGAUACAAAAGCGUAAUUAAAAAAAAAAAAAAAAAAUAUAAAAAUAAAGUAUGAAUUAAUGCCUUAUUAUAAAACAUGGAAACCCGCGACCAAACUUAAUUAAUAAUGGAAACUCAAUAUUUUUUUAUUUUUUAAUUUAUUUGUUAAAAGAAAAAACAUUUAUUAUAAUGUUUUUUUUACUUUUUUUUUUUUUUGCGGAUCUCCAAAUGUCAACUUCUUGUGCGUCUGUUUGUCUAUUUUUACAGAAUUUUUUUUCUCUUUUUUUUAAAAAAAAAUUUGUCUUGAUCUCAUUGUGCUGUGUAAUUAUUAAUUUUGUAAAUUCGAAAUUCGAAAUAAUUUUGUUUAAAAUUAAUAAAUCUGUAAAAAAAAAAAAAGAAGAAAAAAAAGAACAACAGACGCUUGAGAUGAUUAAAAAAUUAAACGAGAAAUAAAAUUAAGAAUAAUAGAAAUUGUGUGAAAAAGAAAAAAAAAAAAAAAAGAAAUUUGAAAUAUGGAGGCUACCCGUACAUUAGCGUUCGUCUUGAUUAAAUAUUGCUGGGUAAUUAAUUUAUUUAAAUGACAAAUAAGUAUUAAUGAUAGACGAAUGCGUAGUUCUGUGAUAUGUAAAAAAAAAAAAAAAAACAAACAAACAAACAAAAAUGUAGCGCAUGAAAAAAAUAAUAAUAAAUAUCGUUGUUUUGCGCCUCAUGACUAAUGAAUAAAAAUAGGAGAGACAAAAGUAAAUAAUUAAUUCAAUUUUAUAUUGUGUGGUUUUUUAAAUACCAUAUCAUUGUAAUUAAAAAAAUUAAAAAUAAAAAAAAAAAAAUACAUUACGAGUCUCCAAAAGAUGUGUAUUUGGUCGUUGACUUCCAAUAAGGCCACAAGGAAACCUGGAUUUAAAGAAAAAAAAAAAAUUAAAACAAAAGUGUAAACCCAAAAAAAAAAAAUUUUUAAUGAAUAAAAAAAAUAAUGAAUGAUUAAAUGAAAUAAUAAAAUAAAUAAAAAAAAAAUCUUGAGUAAUUAAUUGAUUUAUUUAAAUAAACGGGGCAACGAGUACCUCAAUCAGCAAAUCUGAUUGUUUUUUAGAUAUUAAAAAUAAUAAAAAAAAAAAUUAGUAAAUAGUUGAUUUAUUUUUUUGAUGAUAAAUAAAAUAAAUUAGCACGUGAAUUUUGUAAUUAAUAUGGAUUUAAAAAAAAGAAUGAAAAAUAUGAAAAUGACAGAAUAAAUAGAUAAAAAAAUUUAAAUGAUAUUUGAGGUGUUCGCAAAUUUAAUGAAUGACACACGCACAUUUAAUAAAAAAAAGUUAGAUAGAAACAUAAUUAAAUAAACAAAAGAGAUGAGAGAUAUAAAAAAAAAAAUUGUGAAUUUAAUAAAAACAAGUAAUUAAAUUUAAAAAAAGAAAAAUUGAUUAAAACGUGUCUCGAUAAAUGAGAAAGAUAGGCGUCUUCAAACACGACAUUGCCAUAAUUAUACCUUUAAAAAAAAAAAACAAAUUUGUGAAUUUAAAUUAUAAAAAAUAAUUUGUACUUAGUGAGGCAGCUCGAUUAUAAUUGUGUAAAAAAGAAAUAUGUGUUUUUCUCUCUUCACAAAAAAACCAAACAAUUAAUUAAAAAUUAAACUCAUCUUGUGAUUGUAAUAUUAUAUAAAUUGAAUUUAUUUAUUCGAUUGUGAAUAAUUUAUUAAUUCAAUUAGAAAAAAAAAAACAAAAAAAAAAAAACGAAUUAACUAAUUGUCGUGACACACUCAGCUACCAAUAAUUUAAUAUUAUAAAUUCACAAAUUAUAAAGAAAAAAUAAUAACGCGAGUAUUAAUAUCGUAGUGUCUCUAUAAAAUUAAUCAAUAAAUAAUUAACGAGGUAAUAAUUAAUUUAAAAAAAAAUAUUAACAUGUGUACCUUGAAUUUAUAAAAUAGAGAAUACUGUGAUAUCGCGUACAUAAAAUCGUACUUUAUUAUUUUUUUAUUAUUUUUAUUAAACUACUUAUUUUUUUUUUUUUUAAAUUAAUUUUCAUUUUAUUUGUUUAUUAAUAAAUUUAACGAAAAAAUAAAAAACGUGCAUACUGUGUAAUGUUAUAAAUUAAAUUAUCCGUUUUUAAAAAAAGACUGAUAUCUAUCGCCAAUUUAAAACACUCAAAAUAUCAAUUUAAAAAAUUAACAAAUUGAAAAUAGGCAAUAUAUUUUUAACCUGAAUUGAUGCCGUCCGCAAUUCGGAUGCAAUUUUUAUCUGAGCUAAAUUUUAUUUGUAUUUUUUAAAAUUUUUUUUCUUUCACUUGUUUUAAAAAAGUAAAUUGAAUAUUAAAUCUCUCUUCCAUACAUAUAUAUAUAUUUUUUUUAUUAAAAAAAAAAAAUAUAAAAUAAUAAUAAUGAUAAUUUAACUGUGGCUGUAGAUUAGUAAAAAUAUAAACACCUACCUUUCUCGAUAUGACACGAUGAAAUUAAAUUUAAAAGAAAAAAAAAAAUAUUAAAUACAAUGCGAUACACCA